AUGAUCGUCAACCUGCCCUGGCUCGAAGGGCAGCCCCUGCGGCAAGCCCUGGAGGCGCGGCUCGGCUGCCCGGUCGCGCUCGCCAACGACGCCAACUGCUUCGCCCUCUCCGAGGCGACCGAUGGCGCCGGCGCAGGGGCCGAGGUGGUGUUCGGGGUCAUCCUCGGCACCGGCGUGGGCGGCGCACUGGUGGUGCGGGGCGAGGUCGUGGUGGGCGCCAACGCCACCGCCGGCGAGUGGGGUCACAACCCGUGGCCCACACCGGAGGGCGCCGGCGCGGUGGACGCCGUGGCCGGCUAUGCCGAGCGCCUGGCCCAAGCGCUCGCCGCCGUCAUCAACCUGCUCGACCCCGACGUGAUCGUGCUGGGCGGUGGUCUUUCGGAGAUCGCAGCACUCUAUCGCCUGGUGCCCGCCGCCUGGGGCGCGCACGCGAGCGUGACAAGGCCCGCCACCCGGCUCGUGCGCGCGCGAUUCGGGCCGGAGAGCGGCCUGCGCGGCGCCGCGCGGCUCACGCCUCGCGCGAUUAGUGAAGUUGCGGAGUCUUGA